UCGGCGCGGGGCGCGGCGAGGGCGGCACUCGGCGGCUUCGAUAAGGGUUAGUGUUCGCGUUGCGACACUUCCAUAAGGCGCCGCAGUUCCUGCCCCUGCUCCACAAAAGGCCGCCGCGCCCGGCCGCGGGCCAGUCUGGAGCCGCCGCCCCGCCCACGCCCCUACACGCCCAUGGGCUCAUGGGCUGCCCUAUGGGCCGCACUCGCCACCCUGGCUGCUCGCGUCGUGGUCGGCUCCUGAGCACCCCCGCGGCCGGGCACCCGGGACUCAUGGCGCUGCUGGUCGGCCUGGUCUGCGUCGCGGCCGCGCUCCCGCUUAUGGACGCCAUCUUCCUGGCGCCGUGUCUGUGGAGGUUCCAGCGCUCGAGGAGCGCGCCGCCCGAAAGCCUCUCGUCGUGGAGACCCUCGCCGUUGACGGGCGCCCGCUUCCUGGUGACGGACGCGGACGCGUGCAGCCUGCUGUGCAAGGCGCCCCUCGCGCCCAGCGCCACCUGCCAGCGGUGUUGUCGGGGCGCGGCGACCCCGGGGGUCUCCGGCGCGCUGUGGGGGUCCCCGGGGCUGUCUCCUUGGGGGUCGGGCCUGUCUGGCCUAACGUCACCCUUGGCCAGCCUGCUUGCAGCCCUGGGCUGGCCCAAGCCGCCCACGCAGGUGGUCGCCGGCGCUGGGAUCGCGGCCACCCCCGGCGCGUCCCUGCCGCUGGUUCCAAUCAACCAGCUGCCGGGUGUCAUCAACCAGGUGUUGGGCGUGAAGCCGAGCGGCUGGGGUGCCACCGGCAGCGCCACCGGGACCGGGAGUGCCGGCGGGAGCUUCGCCGGCGGGGCGAGUUUCGCCGUCGGAGCCAACGAGAAGGAGACGGGGACUGCCAGCGGGAGUGCUACAGGCGGGAGCCCUGCGAGCGGUCCCGCUCCGGGAUCACCAAGUAGCCCGACGGCCACCGGCGUCAGCUCCGGGAACAGCACCUCGACGACGACGGUCCCGACGACCACCACCAGGCCCACCUCCACUACGCCAGCGGCUGCGGGAUGAGACGCGGGUGCUGCAAACCCUUUCCUUAACUCAACGGAUGACCAAAAUAAAGCGCGGCAUUACUCCAUCA